UAACAAACUCAAGAAUUAAAAGAACUAAAAUUAAAUAUUAACAGAGCACCUUCCUAGAUGUUUCCUCAAAUAUAACCUGUAUUAACAAAACUCAUGUCCCAGUCACCAUGAGUCCAUGAUUACUCUAUAAAACACCCCUUUUCAAUUUUCAAACUCAAAUAGCUCCAAAUUACAUGAUCCCAUAUUCCAUUUCUCUUCAAAAAUACCAUGGAAAAUGUGAAGCUAUUUGGAGUAUGGUCGAGCCCAUUUUGCAGCAGAGUGAUUUUGGCACUUGAAUUAAAAGGCAUAAAAUAUGAAUAUAUUGAAGAAGAUCUUACAAACAAAAGUUCAUUACUCUUAGAUUAUAAUCCAGUUCAGAAAAAAGUGCCAGUGUUGGUCCAUAAUGGUAAUCCAAUUUGUGAGUCGUUGAUCAUCCUUGAAUAUCUGGAGGAGAUGUGGCCUAAUCAGCUUCCAUUAUUACCAAAAGAUCCCUAUCAAAGAGCAGUUGUCAGAUUCUGGGCUAAAUUUGCUGAAGAGAAGGGCAUAGCCAUUUGGAUAUUUUUUCAAACUACAAGGGUGGACGACCAAGCAAAAGCUGGAAAAGAUUGCUUAGAUAUGCUAAGAACUCUAGAAGAGUAUGGCUUAGAAAACAAUACAUUUUUUGGAGGUGAAAACAUUGGAAUAGCUGACCUAGCCAUUGGGACUGCAAUAUAUUGGCUGCAAAUUUUUGAGCUUACAUUGAAAGUCAAAUUAUUUGAAGCAAGUAAUUUUCCCAGGUUGUAUCGAUGGUUCAACCAUUUCAAGGAAGUCCCACAAAUUAAGAGCAACCUUCCUAAUCAAGACCAAAUGUUAUUAUUCUUCAACAAGCUAAGAGUAAAACUAAAGGAAGCUACAUCUAUGUGAAAAUAAUAGAGUUGUUUGGUAAUUGGCUCGUUUCACGAGCAAGAUUUAUUGGAUGUUUUCAACAUUUAAAGUUUGAUAGUUACCUAUUUGGAUGUCAUAGACUUUGUGAAGCUAAAUAAAAUGGAGUCUCUUCCUUAA